GACUACUAGAUCUAUCGAAAGCAUGCAAAACACAAUUCAUUGCUGGGAACGAAAUUUCAAGUAAUUUUUAUUAAGCACGCCCCCAACAGCAUGGCAGGCAACGCCAACAGCGACGACGAGUUCCACGAUGCUCUCACCGGAGAGACAACUUGCGAGAAGGAGGCCACCAAAUCCCAGAUGAAUGAGAAAGACAUUGACGAGAUUGUCGAAAAGCAGAGCACGCUCCAGCUGGACGAUGACGAGGAGGGUGCGGCCACUGCAGUCACUGGUGCUUCCGGUGGUGAUGGCGACCAGGAGGCGAAACAACCCGAUGGUGAACUAAGCCUUGAGGAGCUACGCGACCUUGAAAAGCUUCUGAGUGUCGAUGAUCUGGCGGCAAACAAAGAGAAGGCCGAUAAACUCAAAUUGGAGGGAAACGAGCUGUUCAAGAACGACAAUGCCCAGCGAGCCAUCGAAAUCUACACAGAGGGCCUGAACGUGUGUCCCUCGGACAGCAGCAAGGAGCGGGCCGUGCUGUAUGGCAACAGAGCAGCUGCCAAAAUUAAGCUGGAGGCCAACAAAUCGGCCAUAGAUGACUGCACAAAGGCCAUUGAGCUGUGGCCGGAGUACGUUCGAGUGCUAUUGAGACGAGCCAAGCUGUACGAACAGGAUGACAGGCCAGAUGAGGCUCUGGAGGACUAUAAGAAAGUCUGCGAGCUGGAUCCUGGACAGCCAGAAGCGCGUGAGGCUCAGAUACGCUUGCCGCCCAUAAUCAAUGAACGGAACGAGAAGCUCAAAACCGAGAUGAUGGCCAACCUAAAGGAUCUGGGCAAUAUGAUACUAAAACCUUUCGGCCUGUCCACACAGAAUUUCCAAAUGAACCAGGAUCCCAACACGGGUUCAUAUUCCUUUAAUUUUAAUCAAAAUCCAAGCUAGUUCAAAAGUGUGUGUUUUUAACUUAUUGAGGAAAUAAAACUGUUUCCAAGAAACUUCAAAACACCUCAA